AUGGUGGAAGGUACUCGGGAUAACGGAUCAAUUGCACCGUUGCUUGAACAUGUAGGGCCGUACAACGAGUUCCCGGAAGAGUACCAGCUGCAGAGUGCCAUUGAAGCUCUCAAGUCCGUUAAGGUUUUGGUAGUUGGAGCUGGAGGGUUAGGGUGUGAAAUCUUAAAGAACUUGGCAUUGACCGGUUUUAAGAACAUCCAAGUUAUAGAUAUGGAUACUAUCGAUAUGUCUAAUUUGAAUCGACAGUUUUUAUUUCGUCCGGAUGAUGUUGGUAAGUCGAAAGCCGAGGUUGCCACCAGAUUCAUCUUGGAAAGAAUUGGAGACCCAACCCUUAACAUCGUACCUUAUUACGGUAAGAUUCAAGAUAAAGAUAUGGAAUACUAUAAGCAGUUCAACAUUGUUGUUUGUGGAUUGGAUAGUGUGAUGGCUAGAAGAUGGUUGAAUGCAACGUUGGUGGCCAUAGCUCAAAAAUUGGGUCAAGUGAUCCCCUUAAUUGAUGGUGGUACUGAAGGGUUUAGAGGUCAAUCAAGAGUUAUAUUACCAGGUUUCACUUCUUGUUAUGAAUGCACUUUGGAUAUGGUACCACAGAAGGUCACUUACCCCGUGUGCACUAUUGCCAAUACUCCUAGAGUUCCAGAACAUUGUAUUGAAUGGGCAAGUGUGCUCCAAUGGCCAAAACACUUUAGUGCUCAUGAGAAGUUUGAUGGUGAUAACCCCGACCACGUUGAUUGGUUGUAUGCUACAGCUUUGAGUAGAGCAAAAGAGUUUGGUAUUCCUGGGGUUACAAGAAGUUUGACCUUGGGAGUGGUCAAGAACAUUAUCCCUGCCAUUGCCUCAACAAAUGCCAUCAUAGCUGCAUCUUGCACUAAUGAAGCCUUCAAGAUCGCUACAGAUGCAAAUCCCUUCCUCAACAAUUACAUGAUGUACAGUGGAGAUGACUCCAUCUUUACUUAUACUUAUGCUCAUACCAAAAACGUUAAUUGUCCAGUUUGUGGAGAUAAUUUCAAAGAAGUCAAAUGUCAGAGAUGGUGGACUUUGGAGAAAUUUAUUGAUGUGCUUAUAAACUUACAAUCCAUUCAAUUACAAAAUCCUUCUCUAAGUACAACUAAUGGUGUCCAAUUAUAUUUCCGUGCACCUCCUGAACUUGAACAAUUGACCCGUGAGAAUUUAAGUAUCAAACUAAUUGAUCAAAUUAAUCCAGCUACUGAACAAAUCAUCGUCACUGAUCCAAACUUGCCCAUAUCAUUAAAUGUUAAAGUUGUCUUUGAAGGUCCCGAUAAAGAACCACAAGAUAUCAAUUAUUUGUUAAGGCAAUGA